UUCUCACCUGACUUUCUUCUCGGUAGCAAUGAGGCACUCUGGAAGUACCAGGUUUGGCCUUUGUGGUAACCUCCCUGCCGCUGUGGACAUGCCAGACGAGAGCAUGUGGGAUGAGACCACAUGCAAUAUGGCCAUUUGUCAGCACCCACAGUGCUGGGCUGCCAUUUGCCGCAUUGAAAGGGGCCACCCACGUCUCCUUGAAGGUCCCUGCAAAACUCUGGAAUUUGAAGACAAAUUCCCGACCCUCACCAUUGUGAAUCUCUCGGAUGACUGCAUCCCAGCCUGCAGACUUGCUUGCCACCCCCAGCUCCCCAGAAUUGCAAUCCACAAGCCUCGCUCUUUACGGCCACGGGGUCCUACAAUUGGCUCCAAAUUUUCAGUCAGCUUCCUGUACUGAAUUUGAACAAUACACAGCUUCCCUGUUCUCAAGAUGAUGAACAUAUGGUUGUAAUCUGGAUUCCAGAAGCAUCUACCAAUAAAGUCAUGCCCACCAAGCGGAAGCAGCUUGUUCACAACCAGAAAAAAGGGAGGAGCCCACCAGUGCCACUGAGACCCGUGCCUACACCUCAGCAUGCCAUCACACCUCCUCCUACUCCAGAGUACUUCUUUAAGCAAGACAUCCAAGGACAUGUCUCUGUAUAUAAGCAGUUUGAUGUGGGAUCUUUGGAGCUAUCACCAGAGUAAGUUGUUGGGAGAGGUGGGACCAAGGUUUUUCUUCCUAGGAGAAGAGCCUGGGCUCUGUGUGCUUAGACUGGUCAUAUGGCUCCAUGUGUGAAGCUUCCAUGUGUGAAGCCCUGGGCACCAUCCUUGGCACUGUCAAGCAAAUAGCAUUCUCAGUAGAGCCAUCUUCUGAGUAAGGAGGGGAGAAAACUGACACUUUCCUAUUCUCUUGGCUACUGAGACUUAUCAACAGGCUGGAUGGCAGUGAUAACCACUGUUCUUAUAGGCCUCUAUGACUUACAGAGGUUACUUUCUCUUAUUCAGACUUGCCCUGGGAGGGGAACUAUUCCUCACUUCAUAGAGAGAUGCUUAUUGAGUAGUGGUCAGAUGACUCUUAGAGGUAGUACAGGGGUUGUAUCACUGACCCCAGCUCAUCCCUGGCAUUUCGUAUCAUCUCCCAAACACUGCCAGGAUCUCUCCUGAGCUGCUUCUAGGCUUGUAGGGACAUGAUAAUUGAGUUAAUCAUUGAUCACUUAGCCUCUUUCUACUUAAUUUUCCUCCUUUGCAAAAGUAAAGUCGCUGUCCUUGAGGGUGGUGGAGGAGUCAGUGGGAGAGUGCGCAGGAACAUGGCAGUCAUCUACAUAUUCAGUCUUCAUCCAAGUGGAACCAGAAAAGUAGCAUGAAUGAACAUCCAU